GCUAAAUUGAAGCAAGCUAUCCUUGAAACGUUUUUAUUAUGAGGUCAACUUUUGAUAGUAGCAAAAACUUAGUAAAGAAAAACAGGAAGAAGCUAUACACACCCAAAGUUAUUCCCUUGGUAUACGGCGAUGAUAAUAAAGCUUCGUCCUUGAUUAUUGAGAAUUUGGACUAUCUCUCCUUAACUUUGUUAAAUGAUGAGUUCAAUUUCUCAAACAAGCUAAAAAAAGCAAAUAGUAGAAGUAUAUCAAAUUUUAAAGGGAAGACGCUAUCUACUUUGUUGUUUUUAUCGAAAAAAAUUCCGAUGAGUUUAUUUGACUCUACUUUUCCUCGUUUUGUACUGCGCCAUCAUCUUUAUUUUUGGCAUAAUAACAGGACUUUUGUAGAUCAAGAAUUGAAUAAGCUCUUGCAUAAGGGCUCCAUUAUUAUAUUUAACUUGACUACAGGAGUUGAGGAUUAUGCAGUAUCCAUUAAAACUGAAUUUAUCAAGUACAUCAAAAAAGAAAUUAUGCCCAGAGCACAUAGUUCUAACAUAGCCUUGAUACAAAAAUAUAUAGAAUCCAUUCUUAGCUUAAAUUCUCCCAACAUCUCGUCAGAAUUUCUCUGCUCAUCUGGCUUUACUGAAUCGGAUAUAACAGAGCUUGUUCAUCUUGGCCUCCUUGUAUUUCAUAACAUAAAUACAUACUGGCUCGGGAUUCCAGGUGUCGGCCCUUUUAUAAAAGAUCUUCAAGAAGGUAGGCGUCAAAUUCUAAACUUCUUAAAGAGAAGUGCGGGAAAAGAACUUCUUGCUAACGAUAUACUGAAAAAGAAACUGCGAAAAACGAGAUUGCCUCUUUCCUUUCUUCUUGAAGAAUUGUGCGGUACUGAACUCGUCAAUUGUAUGAGGGUGUCCCAAGGGCUGUUGAUAAGAAUACCUCGGUCAGAUUAAAUUUCGUUUAAAUUUGCUGGAUUUACGAUGUUUUAAUUUAGUUAAUAAACUAAUUUAUGAUAUUAAACAGAAAUUAACAAAA